CUUGGACUGGACGAAACGACGACCCCGCAUGGCCGGUCUAUAAAUUAUCGAAAUCAGGAUUUCCCAUCUUUUGACAAUGAUCAGAAUCACCGAUUAUCGCCUUCGCUGAGGUCAUGGCUGGCAGAGCGCAAAAAUGCACCACGCUGGUCCAGUCCCUUCCCGCUGCCUCGACGGAAGAGGCUGAAUUGUCUUUCCAGUUCAGCAAGGAGGAACACUCGCAGGGCUUCUGGGUGGCUCUGCGACGCCACUGGCCGGCAGUCGCUUGGGGACUGUUCAUGAAUCUGGCGACCAUCCUGAAAGGCAUUGAUGGCGGCGUCGUUAAAGGUCUGGUCGGUCUCGACACCUUCAAAGAAACCUAUGGAUAUCAGUAUAAAGGCACUUACAUGAUCGCUGCGCAAUGGCUGUCGGCCUUUCAAUACGCCAACCUCCUGGGCGCAAUCGUGGGCGCCCUCUGCUCUGGGUUCGCCUACGAUCGCUUUGGUCCGCGCCUGAUGAUUGCAGCCUGCUCGGUGCUAUCCAUCGGCUUUAUUUUCAUCCAGUUCUUCAGCCACACCCCGGCUCAGCUGUUCGUCGGCCAACUCGUCAACGGCGCCAUCAUCGCCUUUUACCCGAUCUGUGCGUCGGCAUACGUCGGCGAAGUCACGCCUCUCGUGCUCCGGGGCUUUGCAGCCACCAUGACCAACUUGGCGUUCUCGAUCGGCUCGCUGAUCGCAUCCGGUAUCCUCAAGGGCACCGAGUCCAUGCACAGCACUCUGGCCUAUAAGAUCCCUAUUGCGACGCAGUGGGCCUUGCCCUGUAUCAUGCUUUUCCUGGUGGGAUUCUGUCCCGACCCGCCGUACUGGCUUUGCCGCAAGGGCCGAGAUGAUGCGGCCGCAGCAUCGCUGCGGCGUCUCACUACACACGGAGUGGACAUCUCGCGCAAGCUGGCGCAUAUUCGAGAGACGCUGCGACUUGAGGAGAGCUUCCAGGGAGGCCGGCCGCACUACCUAGAGUGUUUCCGGGGGCCGAAUGCGCGGCGACUCAUGAUCUGUGUGAUGGCGUACAGCAUGCAGGCGUUCACGGGGAAUGUCUUUUUCAUCAGUUACGCCGUGCACUUCAUGGAAGUCGCGGGCCUCGAUUCGUCCAACGCCUUCUCCAUGAACUUGGGGCUCACGGCCAUCGGGUUCGUGGGAACGUGCAUCUCAUGGCCGUUGCUGUCGUACGUGGGCCGCCGCACCAUGUACAUCUUCGGAUGCUCCACGCUGGCUAUCCUGCUGUUCAUCAUCGGGGCGGUAGAUCUGGCCCCGCGAGACACGCAGACGGUCUGGGCGCAGUGUGGUGUCAUGUUGGUUUGUACGCUGGUAUACGACGUCAGUCUUGGUCCAUUCUGCUACGUGCUGCUGGCUGAAGUGUCGUCGGCGCGUCUGCGCGGCUUCACGAUUGCAUUGGCUACUGUUAGCUGUUUCGUGUGGUCGGUCGUGUUCGCCGUGGUGAUCCCGUACGCCAUGAACGAAGACCAGGGCGACUGGAGAGGUAAGGUGGGCUUUCUGUUCGCCGGUCUGAGUGUUCUAUGCACCGUGUACUGUUUCUUUUACAUGCCUGAAACGAGAGGCCGAACGUUUGAAGAACUGGAUAUCUUGUUUGAGCGCAAGGUGCCCAGCCGGCGGUUCGAGUCGUACAAGAUUGACUUGGAUGUUGACGGGAGAAGGCUGGAGGAGUAGUGAACCUUCGGGUCGAUGUACAUACCUAGCAUAUACAUAUGAUGAAACAUGU